AUGGCGAGCUCGCCGCGAUCUCCUCCGCCGGCGCCUACGCCGGAAUUCGAGAUCUCUCGUCAGUCCCGCCUCUUUGCGGCGUUGUCCAAGAAGGUGAUAGAUCUCGAUGAACUGAGGAUGCUGGCGGCUCAGGGAGUCCCAGACGCGGCGGGCGUCCGGGCAACUGUGUGGAAGCUGCUACUGGGCUAUCUGCCCAAUGACCGCUCGCUGUGGGAGCAGGAGCUGGCAAAGAAGAGAGCACAGUACGCUGCUUUCAAAGAUGAGUUCCUUAGAAACCCUGUAGAAAUAGCGCGACAGGUGCAAACAGAAGGCCACCACAACGUAAGUGCAGAGGAUGUUGACAAUGGGUUCCUGCACAGGUCAGAGGUAACACGAGAGGAGCACCCUUUAAGCCUUGGGAAGACCAGUGCUUGGAAUCAGUUUUUUGAGUACUCAGAGAUUAUGGAGCAGAUUGACCGCGAUGUAAAGCGCACCCACCCUGACAUGCAUUUUUUCUGUGGCGACUCAUCUUUUGCAAAGUCGAAUCAGGAAUCUUUGAAAAAUGUACUGCUAAUCUUUGCCAAGCUGAAUGCUGGAAUAAGAUAUGUACAAGGGAUGAAUGAAAUUUUGGCACCGCUCUUCUUUGUAUUUCGGAGUGAUCCAGAUGAUAAAAAUGCUAAAUUUGCGGAAGCGGAUUCAUUCUUUUGCUUCGUUGAGCUGCUUAGUGGGUUUAGAGACAACUUCUGCCAGAAACUAGACAACAGUGCUGUUGGCAUUCGAGGUACACUAGCCAAGUUAUCACAGCUUGUAGCAAAGUAUGAUCGAGAACUCCAACAACAUUUGGAAAUAACUACAGAAGUUAAUCCCCAGUUCUAUGCAUUCAGAUGGAUAACGUUACUGCUGACCCAGGAAUUCAACUUUGCCGACACCAUUCACAUUUGGGACACGCUAUUAAGUGAUCCCGAUGGCCCCCAGGAAACCUUGCUCAGAAUAUGCUGUGCAAUGCUGAUCCUUGUCCGGAAGCGCCUCUUGGCCGGCGAUUUCACCUCCAACCUCAAGCUUCUGCAGAAUUACCCGCCAACGAACAUCAGCCACCUCCUCUACGUUGCCAACAAGUUGCAGUGA